AUGAAGCAUGAGGAGCAGAGAGGGAGAGAGACAGAGACGGGUCGACAAAUCAACAAUUGCAUCAACGGGGUCAAUGACAAUUUCUGCAAGCUCGUUCAACGAGGUCUCACAGCGACCGAGGCAACAGAGAGCCGAGACGAGCCACAGAGCUUUUUACUAGUGUUUUCUCUCAUGGAUGAUACCACCAUUGCAUUGAGCAUGCUUCUUCUUUUUUUUUAUUCAAACCUUUUCAUUUCUCUCUCCUCACACCUUUUUCCUUGGGUUUUAUUAUCAAACCUCUUUUUUUGUUCUCUUGUUUUUCGCCCAUACAGAAAGUCUCUCAUACAUAAAGGUCAUCACGUAAAAAAUCAUUGUUUUCCGCCCCCGGUGAUGACCAAACUCUGCUGGGAAUCAAAGGCAAAAGGGAGAAAAAAAGAACUAGGAGUCGUGGGAUGGGAUUGGUGGAAAACUUUAUAG